AUGGCAUCCCCGGAGGUAUUGGCAGAGGCAUUGUCGGCAGCUGAAGGUGGCGCUAUCUCCACUGCUGUCUUGUAUCCACUUGAGGUCAUCAAAACCGUUAUUCAGGCCUCUAAAACAAAGGAACAAAAGCAGUCAAGGCAAGCUACGACAACUGCUGCCACGGAAGAUGAACAAACUUCCAGUGCAGAGGGAGAAAGAAACGUAGCUGCCGCCGCUGCCGCUGUGGCCGCAAGUGCAGCCGACCCUCUCUCUGGGGAAACUGCUCCGGAAGAAGGUGAUGAGGGCUCAGAUGAAGAUAGCUCGGCGCUGACGACACAGGACGUGGCUAAGGAAAUCUAUCGCCGCGCGGGUCUGGGAGGAUUUUUCGGCGGGGUCCAAUAUUCCUCUCUGCAAAGCUCUUUGGAGAAGUCGAUUUAUUUCUACGCCUACAGCACAAUGAAAGGCGUCGUCAAGGUCCUGAACGGAGGGAGGUUCGGGGUGCGGGAGAAUCUCCUUGUUGGGUACUUGAGCGAGGUGGUUCAUCUGCCAGUCACGGUGCCCAUCGAGGUGGUUGUCACGCGCAUCAUCACCAGCCAAGGUCGUCUUAAGUCGUGGUCCGAGGCGGCGAAGGAGGUGCUGAAGGAGGACGGGCCAAGCGGGCUCUACAAGGGCAUUCCCGCCUAUGGUGUCUUGUGCCUGAAACCCGCGAUCCAAUACACGCUCUUCGAGCAGCUCCGCCGAGGCAUCCUUUCCCUGCUCUCCCGUCGUCGAGGGGUCCCGGUCAGAGCCUUGAGUGCCUGGCAAGCCUUCCUUCUCGGCGCCCUCUCCCGCGCAUUGGCCACCCUUAUCAUCUUCCCGUGGAUCCGCGUCCGGAAGAUGCUCAUGGCGCAGGGCAAGGGCGCAUGGCGCCAGAGCUCACCCGCGGAGUGCUUUCUGCGGCCUUAAUGCUCAUGAUCAAAGAGCGGCUCUAUGACUUCAAUAAGCGGAUGCUGCUGAAGACGAUGAGGACGUAAGGGAUGGGGAAGGGAGGAGAAUGGGGAUUCGCGUGCACGAAUGCACAAGGCGAAGGACGGAGGGUGAAGAUUGAGAAGGAAACGUAAAAAGACGGAAAAUUUAAAGAAAUAAACGG